AUGCAUCCGUAUUAUAAGUUGCAAUUUAUAUUAUUUUCUGCUUUGUUGAAGAUAAGUAAACGAAGUAUUUCUUUUUUGUUAGGGAGUAGAUGGAAGGUAAAAAACCUUACUUACAAGAUCUCAAAAUAUCCUAAGAAACUAGUCAAGAAAGACGUCGAUGCCGAAAUCGCCAAAGCUUUUGCCGUAUGGUCGGAAUUCACCGAUUUAAAGUUUAAACCUUCUAAAGGACAAGUUCAUAUUGAGAUCAGCUUCGAAACUGGCGAACAUGGAGACGGAGAUCCAUUUGAUGGUCCCGGUGGAACCCUAGCUCACGCUUAUUUCCCCGUGUUUGGUGGAGACGCCCAUUUUGACAACCAAGAGCACUGGACCAUUUCGAGUUAUCGCGGAACAAAUUUGUUCCAAGUUGCUGCUCAUGAAUUCGGUCAUUCGCUGGGUCUAAGUCAUUCAGACGUUCGAUCAGCUUUGAUGGCACCAUUUUAUCGGGGAUAUGAUCCAGCAUUCUCUUUAGACAUCGACGACAUCGAAGGAAUACAGUCUUUGUACGGCGAAAAGACCGAUAAAACGGAUAACGACGACAGCGACGGAGGAGAAUCAGUAGGAAAACCCACGGCAAUGACGCCCACCGAAGACAAGGAACUUUGCAACGAUCCACGAAUCGACACGAUUUUUAAUUCCGCUGACGGAGAGACGUACGCAUUCAAGGGCGACAAAUACUGGAAGUUGACCAGGGAAGCCGUAGCUCCAGGAUAUCCCAAACUAAUAUCUGAAGGCUGGCCAGGACUACCAGGAGACAUAGACGCCGCAUUCACUUACAAAAAUGGCAAAACUUACUUCUUCAAGGGCAAACAGUACUGGCGGUAUAACGGCAAAAGGGUCGACGGGGAUUAUCCCAAGGAUAUUUCGGAAGGAUUCACCGGUAUCCCAGACGAUAUCGAUGCUGCAAUGGUGUGGAGCGGGAAUGGGAAAAUUUAUUUCUUUAAAGGUUCGAAAUUCUGGAGGUUUGACCCGUCCCAACGACCCCCUGUGAAGGGCACGUAUCCGAAACCGAUCUCAAACUGGGAAGGACUGCCCAACAACCUCGACGCCGCGUUCCAAUGGACCAACGGUUACACAUACUUCUACAAAGAUAACGCGUACUAUCGGUUCAAUGACAGGCAAUUCGCUGUUGAUUCUGCAAAUCCCGCGUUCCCCAGGUCAACAGCUUACUGGUGGUUCGGCUGCAAGAGUUCGCCGAGGGGCACUAUAGGUACCCGCUUUACGUCGAACGGAUGGCUACUUGCUGACGAGAGCGAUUUUAACGGAAUCCCACAAAUUGAUAGUAGUACGGGAGAUGAUAUUUUCGACACAGGUAGGGCACCCAGAAAAAAAUCGUUGACAACUCUUUAUAACUAUUGUAUGAACUGCUUUUCUUCUAUGUUUUCUCUAUAUUUCGGAUCGCGCAUGAGACAAUUAUUACUGACUUACAAUUAAGUAGUAGGAAUGCUAGAAAUCUAUUACCUAAUCUUCGUAGAUAUCUCGUAAACAAAUGAGUUUUUCUUAUUUGUUGAUGUUAGUAAAUAUUUGAAAUAUUAAUGUGAAAAUUCAUUUUCAUCCAUUAAAAACUUCCUCAGGAAUGGAAAAUCGGAAAUGAAUUUUCACAUUAAUAUUGCAUAUUAACCACUAUUAGUAAUUAAAAAUGUCAUAAUAUUUGAAAUCUACGUUUAAUUCGAAUUGUUUUCCACAAUAAAUCUAAAAGCAGAAAAUUACUGCUUGAAUGACCAAAAAAUAAUCAAAAAAAUUAGCAUCAAUAAAUUUUCCGUUUUAGUUAAUUUCUGAUUUUAAAUAAGUCUUUCCAAAAUAAAUUCAUUUAAAUAUUAUCAAGUUCUGAUAAGUGAAAAUAUUAACAAAACUCUGAACGUAUUAAACUUGAGUUUCUUAAAAUUUGGUACAAAAACAGAAUUAGAAUUUUAAUAUUUCAAGAAUUUGCUGGAAUUUUACUAACCAUUAAUAUUAGCCGACGAGCAUUUGCAUGAAAAAAAAAGCAACCAUAAAAUUCUAAUUAAUGAUCUACCCCAUUUAUCAUUAAAGACAAACUUCCCAGGAACCCGCAUAGAUGCAUAAAAUAAUAUUAAUAUUAAUGACGUACUCAACAGGAUUUCUGCGCUUGAUCUUUCCAUUUUAACGUAAAUUUAUAAUGCCUGUCAUUUUUAUAAUCGCUCUCUUCAACAAGUAUGUAUAUUUCAAAUAAUUUUUGAGUUUUUGACGCACUUAUUAUUGGUGGCGGGCACCUAAAAAUCAUGCAAUUAUCACAUACAUACGUGGGAUGAUGUAGAUAUCUGCGGACUUUUAACUCAUUUUUACGAAGGCGUACAAAAGCAUAACGUAUUUCUUUUUUUAAUUUAGACUUGUAACUCAAUAUUUCUACUUCGAAUUCGAAAUUUCGAGAUACAAGUCGUAACUAUUACAUUAAUAUUAUUUAUUCCAUCGCGCAUCGGAUUCACAACUACUAAAGCUUCGCAGAAAUUACUGCGAAUACGGACGCGUAUGCAAAAAAAUGAUGCAGAAGUUCCGCAGAUAUGCUUUGCUUUUUUCAUCGUUUGUGUAGGCAUAUGUAACCUUGCAAGUCUUCCUGUGUGUAUUUUCUGAUCUGCUUUAUUGCAUUAUUUAUUAUAUGUAAGUACAUAAUUCACGUAGAGA